AUGUCCUGGGGCGGKCACUGCCCGCGCCCCACGGAGCAGGGGCAGCCCCGGCCGCGGGGACUCGGCCCGCCGUGUGCGGCGAGGGGACACGCCUGUGAUCCUGGGGACGGGCAGCCACGGGGCACCGCCGUGCCAGCCCCCCCGAGCCUGCCCCACGGCCCCGGGGCCGACGCAGCCCCACGGCACAGCCCCGGACACCCGCACCGCGUCCACGCCGAGCCCAGCCCCGCAGGCCACGGCCCCAGGGCCCUCUGUCCCCUCCUCUCCCGGAUCCUCCCGUCCCGGUCACAACCCCCCCUCCCGCCGCCGCUCGGUGUCCAUCCGGGCCCCGCCGCGCCCCCCGGCUCCUCCCGCCGCAUCCCCGCGCCGCUCACCCGCCUCCCGCCCGGCCCGGCGGGGAGGGGACCGGGCUCUCCCCGCCCCGGCGCUGCCGCUGCUCCCGGUGCUCCCGGUGCCCUCGAUGCCGCGCCCCUGUCCCCCCUCCGCCCCUCCACCCCGCGGGCGGAGCGGAGCGGAGCGGCCGGGCCGGGCCCCGCCCCCGGGCGCGGCGUGUCGGGGGGGCGCGGGGAGGCGGCCUCGGUGGAGCGGCCGCGGUCACUCGCGGGUCCGCCCAGGAGGGGCCGUUCCGGCACGGAGCCCUUCCCCGGUGCCGCCCCCACGCCCCCCGCGGGUGUCCCCCUCGGCAUCUCCAGCCCCGCGCCUCCCACGCCCCCUCCCACGGGUGCCGCCGCAGCAGCUUGUGGCAUUUCGCUCGCCGGAGACGGCGCCGCAAACACGCGCCGGUGCCAGCCGGUGCCGGUGCCGCCGCAGCCCGCGCGGCCACGCGUCCCCCCCCACGCGCGGCACCGGCGUGGGGUCCGCGCGGGGCCGGUACAUCCCGCACCGCGGCCACCCGCUCUGACCCGGGCCGGGCAGCGGCGCGGCGGCACCACGGACAGCGCCGGUCCGGCACCACGAACAGCGCCGCGGUCCCGCGUGGGUGUGGGGACCACCGCCCCCCGCGCCCUCCCGGCGGCCCGCUGGGUGCGGCACUCCCGGCCCCGCCGCACCCACCCUGCGGGCAGCCCCCGCGGGGUCCCGMGGUCCACGGGGGCACCAAAACCCGGCGCCGGUCCCAACAUCGCGGGACAGAGGGAGGGAGGGACGGACGGACAGACGGACUGCGGGAGACCACCCUCCCUGUCCCGUUCUCACAGCUGCCCACGCGAGCUCCGCGUCCCAUCCCCGUGGGGGGAACCCGCCACACCCCCGUGUCCCCAUCGGGCGUUCCCCUCGCGAAUCCCGCAGGGCGCGCCCCCCGCGGUCGCCCGCAGCGCAUCCCGCGCUGUCCCCACCGGGCUGCCGGGGGUCCCCGCGCCCACCCUGUCCCGCCUGGGGCGGGCCAGCCCGGGAAGGGUUAAGCGGCGGGGCCGGCGCGGGGGGCGGAGCGGCCGCCCCGGGAUAAGGCGCGGCGCGGGGAGGGCUCAGCCCCACGGAGCCGCGGGCAGCGCCGCGCCGAGCCCACCCGUGCCCGAGCCCGAGCCCACCCGUGCCAUGCCCCGGGGCGGCGGCGGCUGCUGCUCCYGGCGGCGCGGCGGGGGCGAAGGGGCCGAGCAGCCCCCCCGGCACCGGCCAUGA